CGCUAAGAGAUCGACCAAUGGCAUAAACAGGGCGCAUAUCCCGAAGGCUCAUAAACGUGAAUAAGCAAAAGACUGACACUUUCGCCAACAGGAAUACUUGCCAAAUUCAAGAACAAAGGCUCUGCUACGCCAAAGGCUACUUGUAAGUAGCGGCGUAUUUACCGUGAACCGGAUUGUGUUAUGCCCACUUUGCUCUUACGACGUCAUCCCUCCCUGGCCUUACAGCAAUUCAUAUCAUAUUCACAAAUACUCGGAAUAAAGACAGGACUCAGUCCGACGCACAUCAUGGUCACUACAAGGCGAUCCUCACGCAUCAGCGCUCGGCCUGCUUCCAGGACAGAGUCAUCGGAGAAACCAACAUCGAAGGCUACAGGUCGGAAGCGUAAAGCAGCCGCCGUUCAGGACGAGCCCGAGGCACCUUCAACACCACCCCCUAGGAAGCGAGCACAAGGCGAGCCUGCAACACCAGCUGUUCCGCCACCAAAGACACCAACGCCUGCUGCUGCUGGGCUCUUUGCUGAGCCGACUAGCAUCACCAAGAAGCCUCGUACUGCGGCCGUUACACGACUUGCAAACCCCAGACUGACAAACGCAACGCUCCUCUCACCAGAGACGUCCCGUCUUGUUACCUCACGGGACAUUGAUAAUUUAUCGCCCAGUAAGGCACCGCAGGCGAAGACGACAACAGAGAAUCUCCUCAAAGAGGCAUGCGACUAUCUGGUCAAAGUUGAUCCUCGCAUGAAACCCUUAGUGGAGAGCCACCACUGCAGAGUAUUCUCACCAGAGGGACUGGCAGAGAAGAUAGACCCAUUUGAGAACCUCUCCAGUGGCAUCAUUAGCCAGCAGGUAUCAGGAGCUGCAGCCAAGUCUAUAAAGGCCAAGUUUCUCACAUUGUUCGAGGAGCAACCAGAAAUCCGAUUCCCUCAUCCCUCUCAAGUGGCUGCCAAGUCGAUCGACGAGCUCCGUACAGCAGGCCUAUCGCAACGCAAAGCUGAGUACAUCAAAGGUCUUGCAGAAAAGUUCGUCAGUGGAGAACUUAGUGCUCAGAUGCUCCAUGAUGCUUCGGAUGCGGAGGUCAUGGAAAAAUUGAUUGCCGUGAGAGGCCUUGGGAAGUGGUCCGUUGAGAUGUUUGCAUGCUUCGGGCUCAAACGAAUGGACGUCUUUUCACUCGGUGAUCUAGGUGUUCAGAGAGGUAUGGCUGCAUUCGUGGGGCGUGAUAUUGCCAAGCUCAAGGCCAAAGGCGGUGGUAAAUGGAAGUACAUGUCGGAGCAGGAUAUGACUGAGCUGUCGACUAGGUUCUCACCAUAUCGAAGUCUCUUCAUGUGGUACAUGUGGCGAGUCGAGGAGACCGAUGUUAGCACAAUGGAAUAAACUUCGGUUGCUGGGUCGGUGUGUGUUUGUUGUCAUUGUGCCUCUCAGAUAAAGAUCCCACAUUGUGUUGAUCGGAUACCCUUCCGCGGUUACUACUGCGAGUGGUGAUGUCACACUACAGAUUCAAUGCACAGAUUUACUACAUAGCUGUCCUCAUGGUCUGUCUGGACCCGGUGAAUAAAGUCCGACGUACGCGUCUAAUAACACAUAAUGGGUUUCUCAUAUUGCAAUGGUUUGGUG